AUGGUUCGUCCGUACUCAGACAGCCACCGGGGCUACCCAGGCCCCCGUCGAGGGGGUAACUCCCGAGACAAUCGAGACGGCCGCUACUCCCACUCUCAUAACCAGCACAGAGAUACUAGAUAUGAUUACCCGAGAAACCGCGACGAGCAACAUGGCUACAGAGAUCUCGAUCGCGAGGAUCACGGGCGCCGAAGUUCGCGAUCGCCCCAUUCGCGACGUGGGAGGCAGCCAUACCGCGACCGUGAUGACGAGGGGUACAGAUCCCCUCCAUACAGUGGCAGUGGCAGCCCUAGUCGUGGUGGUGGUCACCGUGGAUACGGCUAUAUGGGCCAAGAGAGCCGCGAGGUCCUGAUCGAGGGAUUUCCAAUUGACAUGACAGAGGACGACGUCAUGCAGGAGCUUCGAAAUGCCUACCACGUUAAUGAGCUUGACGACCUCCGGAUAAUUCGAGACCGAGUGACAAGAGUAUCGAAGCAGCUAGGCUUUCUACGAUUCCGGUCGCUCGAGGAAUCUCGAGAGUUCGUCAAGCGUAAUCAUCCUUCCAUCUACCUAUACGGCCCGACAGCUCAGCGCAGCACCAAAGUCCGUAUUGCAUACUGUCGCGAGAAGGAGGAUCGCACACGCCCGAGGGAUGAGCCGGAUUGGCCUUGCCAGAAUUGUGGUGUUUCCAAUUACUCGACCCGCCAGAAGUGCUUUCGCUGUCAUACUUAUCGACCGGAAGAACCUCCGGCAGGACCCUUUGGAAUGCCUCCCCAAAAGGUUGUCAACAGCGGUGACAAUGACGUCGCACUGGACAGCCAGCCAUCUCAGUUCCUCCUUAUUCGUGGGUUGGAUGGGUCCGUCAGUGAAGAGUUACUUGCGAGAGGUGUUGCCAAGUUAUAUCGACCCGCCGCAGAAAGUCAAGAGGCGGGCUCAGUGACCUCAAAGAAAGGAGGCAAGGCAGCAUCGGCUACUGGGGAUGCUAAUUUGGGUGCUAGAGAGGGCUCUAUUAGACGUGUGCUGCUUGUGCGCGACCGCAGACUGAAUGAAAGCUGGCGUUACGGAUUUGCAGAAUUCGCCGAUAUUACUGAUGCGCAAGCGGCACUUGCUCGAUUCAAUUCAUUCGAGAGAUUUACGAUCUCAUCUCGGCCAGUCAUGAUCAGCUACAUUCAUGCCGGCGUUUUCGUUCCUGUGAUGGAUUUCGAACCUACCAGUGAUAAAUUCACGUUUAGCCCCCUGAUCAAUCCUGCAAUGAAGCUCAGGUAUUGGGAUGUCGGUGGAUAUGUGACUGAGCUUGAAGUGUCACCAGCCAAGGACGAUGAUCAGGGCAAUACUACGACAACCGAAACGCCUGUCACAAAGCAGGAAAAAGCUCCCAAGGAGAAGGAAAAACCAAAGAAGCGAAAGGCCGAAGCCACAGGGAGCUCUAACCCAAAGAGACUUGCGAUGCCGAGCGCUCUUAAAUUCUGGAGUGAUCGCCACGCAGAAUUGCACGGCACCAAGGAGGGAGAAACACAGCCUGCGGACCAGCUUCAGGAGAAGUCUGCUCCUGUACAGUCUUAUGCCGAUCUCAACCGGAACUGCUGCUAUCUAUGCUUGCGCCAGUUUGAGUCUCCAGCUAAAGUCAAUAGACAUGAACGCCUCAGCCAGAUGCACCGAGAGAACCUGAACAAUCCAGAGCUCGUAAAGCGAGGAAUUUUCAAGCUGGUCAAGCAUGGAAUUAUCACUCCUCCUCAGAACUCAACCGAGUCCGAGUACCGGGACCGAGCAAAGGAACGCCGCCAAACCUAUGGCCAGGUCGGCACAAGUGACCCACGACCCGGAUAUGAAUCUGAACCUGAAGAAGCAGAGGAACCCCCAUCUAACGUUCCAUCCAAAGGGGCUGCUCUACUCAGCAAAAUGGGCUGGUCAGAAGGGUCUGGUCUGGGAGCUCAAGGGACAGGUGUCACUGCCCCAAUUGCCACCGAGGUAUACGCUCAGGGUGUCGGGCUAGGAGCCCAAGGAGGCAAGCUGGGAGAUGCCGUUGAAGAAGCGGGACGUAACACUCGCGGUCGCUACGAUGAGUUCCUUGAGAAGACAAAAGAAAAUGCUCGUCAGCGGUAUGAUAAAAUGAGUUAG